GGCUUGGCUUGGCUUGGCUUGGCUUGGCUUGGCUGAUUCUAGGGUUUAUUUCUCUCUCUUCUUCCUAUUUUGUCUUUUGAGGUGUGAUUCUGAUUAUGGACGAAGCCAGCAAUGGAGGGAUGUUGUAUCAUGAGGUACAAGAAUCAAAGCUCUGCGCUGUGCAUUGUGUCAACACCGUGUUGCAGGGUCCCUUCUUCUCCGAAUUCGAUUUGGCUGCUCUGGCAUACGAUCUUGACCGAAAAGAACGCCAGAUGAUGCUUACUGGUUCCACCACCGGUGAUUUUCUCUCCGAGGAUUCUCACAAUGUCUCCUUGGACGGUGAUUUUAGCAUCCAGGUAUUACAAAAGGCUUUGGAGGUAUGGGAUCUCCAAGUCAUUGCUCUCAACUCACCAGCUGCUGAACUUGCACAGAUUGAUCCUGAACUGGAGAGUGCAUUUAUUUGUCACUUGCAAAACCAUUGGUUUUGUAUUAGGAAAGUGAAUGGGGAGUGGUACAAUUUUGAUAGUCUAUAUGCAGCCCCACAGAAUCUUUCUAAGUUUUACCUUUCAGCUUACUUGGACUCUCUAAAGGGCUUCGGUUGGAGCAUUUUUAUUGUGAGGGGUAAUUUCCCCAAGGAUUUCCCCAUCUCAUGCUCUGAAGCAUCCAACGGUUAUGGUCAAUGGCUUACCCCUGAGGAUGCUGAUAGGAUAACCAAAUCGUGCAACUCAACCCAAGCCCGCCCUCCUCAAGGAAUAAACUGGACAAAGCCGCAAGAUACGUUUCUUUCAUAUGGAGAUGCAGAAAUGCUGAUGGACGUGGAGGAUGAGGACUUCAAGGCUGCAAUAGCUGCUAGCUUGAUGGAUUCCCCAGCAGUCAUGGCAGCAGGAGUUGCUAACCCCCAUAAUGAACCUGCCGUUUCCUUCACCCAAGCUGCCUCUCCCCAGAAUAAUAUACCUGCUGUUUCCCCAAAAGCUUUCACCCACCAAGAUGUUCCUGCAGUUGCUCCCAAAGCUGCCACCCUCAAAGAUGUACCUGUAGUUUCCACCAAACCUGCCUCCCCCCAAGACAUGCCUGUUGUUACCCCUGAAGCUUCCAUCUCCCAGAAUGUACGUGCACUUUCCCCCGAUGCAGCUGCUACCUUACAUGCAGUUUCCGCCGCCAAAGCUACCACCCCCAAUAAUCUUACGGUCUGCACUGAAGUUGCUGUUCAUAAAAACGAGCCUGCAAAUGAAUCUGUAGGCAAUGCAGACGCUGCCUUUGAUGAAAGUGGACUUGCAGAUAAUGCAGAAUGCGCUGUUUCGAGCCCCCGAAAGAAAAUUAGUCGUACGAUGUGGGAGCUGUAUGAGGAAGAAGAGUGCUUUCUGCCUUGAAUAUGAUUUUUGGUUCAAGACGGAUGAGAACAGGAUUGACCCAUUGACAAGAAUAAGAGAAUUUGCAGGAGAAUGGGAACCUCCGGAUCCUUGUUGAGCUUGAGGUUAGCUAGUUGAAGUCGAAUCCAUGUUUUACAGUCGUUCUGUGCAGGGUAACUAUAUUCACUUACUUUUUUCAAUUUUCGGAUUGAUACUGUAUAAAUUCUUCAACAAAUAAGCCGUCGACUUGGCCUCUGAAUUGUCACAAAUGUUGGAUUACAGAGAUGUUACUUCUUUGAAAACAUUUUUAAACCUC